CCUCCUGCGGACGGGGGAACAUACUUGGCGGUUAUUGGAGAGCCUGGGAGGUACUUUCUGCCCCCUUUGAUUUACAUUUCUUCUUUCAUUCUCUGUACACUGCACACACGGUGCACUUUACACUUUGUAUCUCUGUACUUUGCCCUCAACAUUCUGUAUUUACAAUUCGCACUUAGCAUUCUGUAUUCUGAUGGCUACUGCCCUGUUUUCCACAGCUAUGGAUCUAUGCGUACUUCCCGACACUAGCCCCGGAGCUCGAGGUGGCGAUGCCUCCCAUGACCCCUUACUCGCUGGUAUUUGAGGGCCCAUACCGGCCGAGACCUCGGGAGUCUCUUCUCUAUCUACGGCAGUACUUUGACACAGUACGGCCAUCAGAGAUCGCAUGGCAGCCUUAAGCGCUUUUGGGUAGUGACCUUCGAUUCCGGUUUGCCAGAGCCUGGGGUUCCUCUCGGUACAGGAUCCUGUUAGAGGGGCCGGUCGGCAGGGCCUAGUUUUUAGGGAAGCGCUUCCUGCGCCAGACAUGGGGCUACCCCGUUCAGGAUGUUCCCUCAGCACCUCCAGACGACAUGCGGAUCGCUGAUAGGCUCCCUCCGCAGGGUGUUGUCGACGCCAGGUUGGGUACUGAUGCAUUUCUUCAUCUGGAGCAGGGAGAGUAUGCGACUUAUCGUCACACAUACUUGAUGCCUUCGUUGACGGGAGUCCGUACCCCGAAGAGGAGAUCCGCUGGUAUGCCUUUAUCGGGCCGAGCUCGGGCUGCAGACGUCCCUUCCACUAGCAGGGCUGGUACAUCCAGAGGUGGGGGUGGAUUGGUUCCCCCGAUUCCUCCGACUCAUCAUCAUCCUGGGUGGCCAGACAUGCCGACCGAGCUGACGGGAUGGCGAUUCGGGACUCCCUACUUGAUUCCGAUAGAGCCUCUCAUGUCUGACCACAGAUAUGUCAGAGAUCCUGAUUCGCCGCCGCCUCCGGUCGAGUAUAUGGAUGAGAUGCUCGGGAUGAUGGCCGCACUCAAGGGCAUGGUCUUACGGAGAGAGGCACAGUUGUCCAUCAUGGGCGUCUCUGAUCCACCUGCUCCUUUCUUGGAGCAUAAGCUGGAUGUACAGACUGAGCCAAAGAGGCUCCCAGAGUGGCCAUCGAGGCCUGUGCUGACUGUGCUAGCUGGUGACUCUAAGUCUGCCUCGAUCCAGAUGCACCAGGUGUGCCAUCCAACUGUGGACAGUACCUCUUCAUGUGUCCUGCCUCUCCACACUGAAAGCAAGUCAAAGACUACCCCCUCCCCUGACUCUGGCUCAGUGGGUGGAUUAAAGACGGAGCAGACCGCUGCCCUCUCCCCUUCUGUGAGCAAGAAAAGGACUUAUGAGCAAACUGGCCACACUUGA